GUCGGCUCCUCUGCAACCACCAGGAGCACGAACAGUUACCACCGGCCAGCCAUGGUCUCGCUUGCUCGCACGAUACGCUCCAUCCGCAGGGUCGGUCUGAAAGAAUGGUGGCAUCAGAUGCAGUACAUCGGCGACGCAAAGUCUGGACUGUUCAUGGGCAAGGACCAGUUUGGGAACCGCUACUUUGAGAACUUGAACGCGGAGGAAGAAAUUCCCGGCCGUCACCGAUGGGUUGACUUCGCGCAGCAUGACUUCAAUGCAACUCAAGUCCCUCCUGAAUGGCACGCAUGGCUGAGCCACAUCCGUAAGGAUCCUCCCCCGGAAGACCGCAUCAUGCAGAACCUCUCUCCCCCUUGGAAGGCUCCUCACUAUGAGAACCUGACCGGUACGCGGGGCGCAUACAAGUCUUACAACACGACGAAGCCCAAGUACGAGGCUUGGGAGCCGAAGGUCGCUCAGCGGGGUGCAUAGAAAUAUCUGUACUUUCCAU